GUCAAUAUGUUUUAUAAAUCCCGCUCAGCUGUUUUAUUUAUGGCGUACAAUCAAAUUCUACAAUUUAAAUUUAAAUGCAAAAUAAGAAGUUACAUCCAAAACAAUUUCAAAAUGUGUUCUUCUUAUGUUGGGAAAAUUGAAGUACCCGCCAAUCAGCUAAAUUUAGAAGUUACUUUAGUGGGUGGACAGAGUUUUCGCUGGCGGAAAUACAAUUCGAGCGAUGUCGAUUCACCAUUAUUUCAUGGAGUAGCUUAUAAUGCAUAUUGGCAAUUAAAACAAACCGCUUCGGCUGUUUCAUAUACAGUUUUCCCAGCACCGGAUGUGCCUACUACAAAUACACACAAAGCAGACUAUUAUCAAGAACUGUUGCGUCGUUACUUCCGCCUUGAUUUUGAUUUAAACAAAAAUAUGGCUAAAUGGCGCACGGCUCAUGAACACUUUGAUACCAUAACGCCACAUAUUAAAGCUGUGCGUGUGCUGGAUCAGGAACCGCUGGAAAAUAUAUUAUCAUUUAUAUGCAGCCAAAACAAUCACAUUAAAAGAAUUUCAACAAUGAUUGACUGGUUUUGUUCAAAAUAUGGUCAAAGCAUUGGACAUUUCAAUGAACGCGAGGAAUUUACUUUUCCCACGCUUGCAGUAUUAAAGGAAAAUCAGAAGGAGUUAGAAAACAAUUUGCGCGAAGCCAAAUUCGGCUAUCGUGCCAAAUUUAUUGCACAGACCGUAGCGAAAAUUGUAGAGUUUGGUGGCGAAUCAUGGUUUAACAAGUUGCGUGAAAUGUCCUACGCCGAUGCACGUCAGGAACUUGUACGCUUACCUGGUAUUGGCUAUAAAGUGGCCGAUUGCAUUUGUCUGAUGUCGCUGGGUCACUUGGAGUCAGUGCCCAUUGACACACAUAUUUAUAAAGUUGCACAAAGUGUUUAUAUGCCCGAACAAUUGGCGAAAGUGAAAACGGUGACACCGCGCAUUUAUGAAGAAAUCGCAAGUCAUUUACGUAACAUUUACGGACCGUAUGCAGGUUGGGCACAAGCAGUGCUGUUUUGUGCCGAUUUGCAACAAUUCCAAACAACAAAGGAGUCAGCUAAAAAAUCCACGGAUAAGGAGAAAUCGGAGCGUGGUAGCGCUAAGCCGAAAAAGAAACGAAAAUGAAAAGCUAAAUGUUGCCUAUAAGUAAGUUCUUUUUUUUUUGUUUUCUAAAUAAAUAUAUUCUGUCUUUAUUGUAUUUCACUUUGUUGCGUAACAGAGUAAAUUUCCUUAA